UGCCACCAAGUGGCUGAGAUCUAAAACAAUAAAUAAGAGUUGUAAUAAUGUAAAGUCUAAUAAAUAUAUAAAAAAUAGUUUUUUACUCACAAAUUUAUUUAUUAAGUGACAAAAUAUUUUAAUUUUCAAUUAAAUUAAUUAAUUAAAUAAAAUUAGUGUAAAUUAAAUUUAUUGAAUUAAAAAAAAAUAUGUGUACAUAACCUGUCAUGUUGACGUUGUGAAACGUUUUGUAUAGAAUUUAAAAUAAUAAUAACUAUUGUCAUUGUUAGAAGUAAUAAUGGAAGACCCAGGAAUUUAUGAAUUAAAAGGAACUGAUGGGAAUGAUCAAGUCGGCGGAUUGAUAAUAAUGAAAAAAAAACCUUCUGAUCAUACGUUCAAAAAACCAUUGCUGCCUUCGAUUCUUGGUCUGGAUAAAUUAGCUGAUAAGAAACGUAAUGAAGAAGAGCCAGAGAGGUCAAGUUCCUCUAAGCGCAGUUCGAAAAAGGAACAUGACAAACGGAAAUACCGCGCGCCACAAGACGAAACUCCGACUCAUACGGGAGGAGUUGACAGGGAAGCCAAAGAAAGACUGGAGAGACGUUUGAAGAGACAGAGACACGACGGUUACAAUUCUAGGAGACGAGAUGACGACAGGGAUGAUAGAGAUCGACGGAGAAACCGGGACCGGGAUCGAGACUAUGAUCGGAGAAGUGACAGACGCGAUAGUCAUCGUCAGGAGUCUAUUAGAUUCCGAGAUGAACCCAGAACUCCGCAAUUUAAAACUAAGGACCCGACUUCCAAGAGUUCCUGGGACGAGGAUGAUGAUGAGGUUCUGAAGAAGUCAAGUUGGGAUCAUCCUACACCGAAACUCUACGGGUCUCAGCGGGAACACAGCGUGAGAAGUGAAUUUACACCUUCAUAUAAAUAUAAUUCUUGGAAUAAAGACAGGAAACCAUCGGGAGCGACACCGAAACCGGGAGUCGAGGACUCUGAGUACUGGGAGGAAGAGCAGCAGCGUCUGGAUCGCGAGUGGUACGGCUCGGAUGACUACGAAAGUCGUCAAUUUUCAAAUAUACCUGAGGAAUAUGUAAAGAAAAAAGAAAUGGAGCUCCAGGCAAAGCCGCAGAAGCGGAUGUCAGCUCAGCAGAAGCAGACCAACAAAGAUGACAACAAGUGGGCAGUUAAUCGUAUGGUUACGGCUGGAGUUGCUACCGUACUGACUCAGGAGGAUCUCGACGAAGAAGGAGAGGCGCGAGUCCACGUGCUGGUGCAUCACGUCGUCCCGCCUUUUCUUGACGGCAGAAUCGUGUUCACUAAGCAGCCAGAGCCGGUGAUUCCUGUGCGAGAUCCCAACAGCGACAUGGCUCUGACUGCGAGAAAAGGCUCAGCGACUGUCCACCACUACCGUGAGCAGAACGACAGGCGCAAGAACCAGAAGCGACACGUGGAACUUGGGGGCACUCGUCUGGGUAACAUCAUGGGAGUGAAAGAUCAUCGGAUUGAGGAUCGAGAGAAGCCCGGGCAGGAGGUUGACUACAAAGCUGGACAAAAGUACGCCAAGCAUUUGGGCAGCGACGUUUCGGGAACUAAAAGACGCAAUGAAAUAAUGAACCAACGGAGAAGUCUUCCAGUGUUUGCUGUUAGACAGGAGCUGCUCAAUGUAAUAAGAGAAAAUAGUGUGGUGAUUAUCGUUGGAGAGACUGGUAGUGGUAAGACGACCCAGUUGACUCAGUAUCUGUACGAAGAAGGCUACUGCAAGAAUGGAAUGAUCGGAUGUACGCAGCCUCGGCGAGUUGCUGCCAUGUCCGUUGCCAAGAGAGUUUCCGAUGAAAUGUCUUCCAACUUGGGGGACAAAGUUGGAUAUGCCAUUCGGUUUGAAGACUGUACGUCCAAGGACACUGUCAUCAAGUAUAUGACUGACGGUAUACUGCUCAGAGAAAGUUUGAGAGAUGGAGAUCUUGAUAAGUACAGUGCUGUUAUCAUGGACGAAGCUCACGAGCGAUCGCUGUCGACUGAUGUGCUUUUUGGACUGCUGAGAGACAUCAUCGCUCAGCGGUGUGACUUGAAGCUGAUCGUCACCUCGGCCACUAUGGACUCGAGCAAGUUCUCUGCGUUCUUCGGAAACGCGGCGACAUUCAUGAUUCCUGGGAGAACUUUUCCUGUCGAGCAUAUGUAUGCGAAGAAUGCAGUGGAGGACUAUGUGGACGCUGCGGUAAAGCAGGUGCUGCAGAUCCACUUGCAGCCGAAGAGUGGAGACAUUCUGGUGUUCAUGCCGGGUCAAGAGGACAUCGAGGUGACCUGCCAGGUUCUGAAAGAAAGAUUAGAUGAAAUAGAGUCUGCGCCAGAGUUACUUAUUCUGCCGAUUUAUUCCCAACUGCCUUCAGAUUUGCAGGCUAAAAUAUUCCAGAAGUCCGAGGACGGGCUUCGCAAGUGCGUUGUCGCGACCAACAUUGCCGAGACAUCUCUUACUGUUGAUGGUAUUGUUUUCGUUGUAGACUCCGGCUACUGCAAGCUCAAAGUUUACAAUCCGAGGAUAGGUAUGGACGCGCUACAGGUCUAUCCAGUGUCCAGAGCAAACGCGGACCAGAGAGCGGGAAGAGCCGGUCGUACUGGUCCAGGUAUAUGCUACAGAUUGUACACAAGAAAGCAGUAUCUCGACGAGCUGCUGCUAACUGGAGUCCCGGAGAUCCAGCGAACCAAUUUAGCCAACACGGUCUUGCUGUUAAAGUCACUUGGAGUCCAAGAUUUGCUGGCGUUUCAUUUCAUGGACCCACCACCGCAGGACAAUAUCCUGAACUCUCUGUACCAGCUUUGGAUUCUCGGCGCUCUGGACAACACCGGGCGUCUCACUCCUCUAGGAAGACAGAUGGCCGAGUUCCCACUCGAUCCUCCUCAAUGUCAAAUGUUGAUCGUCGCCUCCCAACUGGGCUGCACCUCCGAGAUUCUGAUAAUCGUAUCCAUGCUUUCCGUACCCUCGAUCUUCUACCGUCCGAAAGGCCGCGAGGAAGACUCAGACUCGGCUCGCGAAAAGUUCCAAGUGCCUGAGUCCGAUCAUCUGACCUUCCUCAACGUCUACAACCAAUGGAAGUCCAACGGGUACUCCAGUAGCUGGUGCACUGAGCACUUUAUCCACGCAAAGGCUAUGAGAAAAGUCCGCGAGGUUCGUCUGCAGCUCGAAGAAAUUUUAAAGCAGCAGAAACUGGAGCUAGUGAGCUGCGGAACCGACUGGGAUAUCGUGCGCAAGUGCAUCUGCUCAGCUUACUUCCACCAAGCAGCCCGACUCAAAGGUAUCGGGGAAUAUAUAAACCUGCGUACCGGGAUGCCGUGUCACCUCCACCCAACAUCCGCACUCUUCGGCAUGGGAUUCACGCCAGAUUACGUCGUCUACCAUGAGCUGGUGAUGACUGCUCGCGAGUACAUGCAGUGCGUCACUGCCGUCGACGGGCACUGGCUCGCAGAACUAGGUCCCAUGUUCUUCAGUGUAAAGGAAACCGCCGCGAGCGGACGCGCAAAACGUAAGCAGAACAUCCAGCAUCUGAAUGCGAUGGAAGAGCAAAUGAAGCAGGCUGAGGAAGAAAUGAAAGCACGCGCUCAGGAACAGCAGCAGCGCGAGCAAGCUUCUAUACGCAGACAGGAAAUUUCUACUCCUGGAAUGGUUGAACCUGGUACUCCAUCGUCCUGUCGUAAAACUGGAAGAUUUGGACUUUAAAUUUAUUUAAAAUUUUGUAAAUACUAGCCUAGAUUUUUAUCAUAAGUAAUAAAUGUAAAGAAUUAAAAAAAUGUAAACAAUAUUUUUAUUCCGGAAAUUUGAAAAGUAACGAGAGCAGUUUGACAAGGUCAUUGCUGGAAAACUACAAACAAUCUCUGCUACAUAAAUUAUUGAUCCGAAGGUCAGCGGAACCGACACUAUAGCAAUAAAAUUCCAACCUCCAAUUUUCUCUUGCUCCUUCCUAAAUAAUUAGUACGUUUUUAAAAUAUAAAUUCAUCAACAAAUAAAUAAUGAUGUUUAAAAAGA